CUUCCCUCAAUUCAAUUGAUUCUUAUAUUUUCUAUGAAAAAUUUGUUGAAUUGGAACCCAAAAAACUUGUACUUACUAGAUGUACUACAAAAUCGAGAGAGAGAUGAAGAAGGAGACGACGAGCAUAGAUGAAUCGACCAGAGAGCAAGUUUGACGGCAACACCACUUUCGCCGGCAACACCACUUUCGCCGGCGGCGGUUUCAUGCCUUCACAGACAACUACACAAGCGCCUGACUUCGCAUCGUCCUCCAAGAUUCUACUGAAAUACAUAAAACUGCAAAUUUUUUCUUCGGUCGCAGAAACACCCAGAAACGAAGGGUCACUCUUUUCGUCUUUCCUCAACCUCUUUUCAUCGGUAAUUGUGGAUAAUGGUUCUCUAGAUCAGUUCUUGGCUGCCGCCAUUGAUGCUGCUCAAACAGGUAGAUGCAACUGUCGGCAAACCCGUGUCAAUUUGAGGGAGACUAUCACUCAGCGAGCUGAGUUUGAUUACUUACAUAAGAAGCAGAGUGGAGGAGCGGGUCAGUACGGUAGGGUUACCGGCUACUUGGAACAGCUACCGCUAGAAUCUAAAGAGAAGUUUGAAUUCGAAAACAUGAUCGUUGGACAAGCGAUUCCGUCUGGUUUUAUUCCAGCAAUUGAGAAACGUUUGAAAGAAGCUGCAAACUCGGGCUCACUAAUUGGUCACCCUGUAGAGAAUCUCAGAAUAGUAUUGACAAAUGGAGCUUCGCAUGCAGUAGAUUCCGGUGAACUUGCGUUUAAAAUGGCUGCAAUAUACGCGUUCAGGCUUUGUUACACAGCGGCAAGAUCGGUGAUUCUAGAGCCUGUCAUGUUGGUUGAGUUGAAAGUACCAACAGAGUUUCAGGAGGGUUUCGUUGUCAAUGCAGGAGGAAAAUUGAAGAUUUGGUCACAAGCAAGAGCUAAAGGGAUGGACGAAAAUACUAAAUCUGUAUCCGGAAAUGUUAGAACCGAGCUGGUAAAAUUCAUUGCUGAUAGGCAUGCCAAUCUCAUGAAACCAGCUGCUCGAUAUUAUUCUACACUUAAAGAUGCUAUAAGUGGGAAAAGAAGAUAUACACUUGUAAAAGAUGCAGCCGACAUGGAAACAGGAGUAUAUGACAAACCUCUUCCAUGCUUUGGUUGUGGAAUCGGGUGGUUCUCGUGAGUAUAUUGUUCUCCUGUUAAAUUAUUAAGACCAAUCCUGAUUUGAUCUUUCACUUAACCUUCUGAUUUCAUUUCUUGUAAUAAUCACACUUUUGUGGUACUAUGCUACAUUUCUUCACUUUCCAUUUCCAUAUGUUAUCUAAAAGGUUAUCAAAUUCUAAUUUAUGUCAAACAAUUAAUUGCUUUUGUUCAGCCUAUAACAGAAUAUGUAUUAAUAAAAUUAGGUGCG